ACUGUUCUGCAUUUGACAGCUAUCAGGUGUUCAGUUUGUGGGAGAUUCCGACAAUUUGUUUCUAGUGAGUCAGUUAAUUAUUCAGUUGUUCUAAUUUGCUAUUUUCCUAUUGAGUAAACAUGCAUGGAAGGCUUAAAGUACGUACCACCGAAGAGGAGCGUGAGCGCAAGAAAAAGGAGCAGGCAUUAAAAGUUAAAGCCUACCGUGCUGCAAUGGCCAAAAUCCAAGAUAAACGUAGCCGAAACGUGCUGGAUGACGAAAUGUUGACACUCACAUCACAAAUAUUACUCAGAAAUCCUGAUGUGACAACAUUGUGGAACAUUAGACGCGAAUGCGUCGAGAAAAAGGCCGGUGCGCUUGACGAUGUUGAACAACAACAAGCAAUUUACGACACCGAAUUAGCCUUUAGCGAGCAAUGCUUAUUAGUUAAUCCCAAAUCAUACAAUGGUUGGCAUCAUCGAUGCUGGACAUUGGAGCAUAGUCCAAAAGCUAAUUGGGAGCGCGAAGUGCAGCUGUGUAGUAAAUAUUUGAAAAUGGAUGAACGAAACUUUCAUACCUGGGACUACCGCCGCUACGUAGCGGAAAAGGCAAACAUAUCGAAACAGAAUGAACUCGAUUUUUGCACUGAAAAAAUCAAAGCAAAUUUUUCCAACUAUUCCUCAUGGCAUCAUCGCAGUUUAUUGUUACCGCAAUUGUUUCCUUAUGAAGGAGAUUCUCAACCCAAACGCGCCAUGAGCGAGUCGAAAUUGAAGGAAGAACUAGAAAUGGUGCUUACAGCCGCCUUUACAGAUCCAAAUGAUAGUAGUGCGUGGUUUUACCAACGUUGGUUAUUGGGCUACUCUAGACAAGAAUUAGACGUAUGCGCUUUCCGCUAUGACGCCAACCGCGCUGUGCUAGCUUUCACUAAUCCUAUCAUUUUGAAUGAUGCACAUGUAGCGAUUACCGAUUCCAAAGAAAACAUAAUCAAGUUUCCAAAAUGGAAAUCUGCCAGCGGUGCUGAAGCAGACACUACGUGGGUGUCUUGCCAACAAGACGUUCCACCUUUUAUAAUGGCAGAUAUUUCUGAACAAUACUUUUUGGAAAUCAACAUUCCAGAUAUUAAUGCUAAGAAAUUUUGUUUAAAAACUUACAGUAAAAGUGUUUACUAUUUUAAUUCACCAAAUCGAGCUGUAGCUUUUACGGGGAGUGUUUUGGCCGAACUACGGUCACAAUUAGAAUCCUGCGAAAGCCUGCUAGAAUAUGAACCAGAUAGCAAAUGGACGCUAUUAACCUCGGCACUAUUGAUGCGUGCCAUUGAUCCCCAACAAUAUCAUACAAAAUCACUGGAAAAUCUUGAAAAACUGCAAAAAGUUGAUGCACUUCGCAAUAACUACUACAGCGAUAUGGCUUCGAAAUGGAUAUUGGAGAAGUGUCUUUCAGAUUGGGCGGACUCGGAUGAUAUACCCAAAGCAAUUGACUUGCGCCAUGAAACACAUCUAAACGCGCUCUUUUAUCCGCAGUACUUGAGUAUUGCAGACGCCAUUCUGCUGCCAGAGAAUUUGAACCAUUACAGUGAGCGAAAGCUAUUGCAGGGCUUCGAAGCACUUAAAUUAUAAAAUUCAUAUACAUUUUAUAUGAGUAGAAGCGAUCAGAAAAAAGCAUUUAAAUGAUUAUAGCAUAAUUUCAAAUUUUGUUGCAGUGGAUGGAUGCCUCAUAACUAUUAAGAAAUUGCGCAACGGAUGCUGCUACCCGAG